ACACACACACACGCAUGGAGAGAAGGAGAAGAACUACCAGCUUCAGUUCUGGGUCCUGUGGAGAAGCCUUGUGGUUUGUGGUCAGGACCUUGUGAGAAGUGGAAAGCUGAGGACAACUUUGCUGCUGUGGAGCUGAAAAGGACAAAAACACCGGACUUAAUUUUGUCAAAGUGGAGGGAUUAUGCCAUGAGGACAAUUUCUAACAGACCUGGAUGUGGAUAUGCCAUCAUUCCCAUUUGCGUAGCCAGCAGUUCGCAGUGUUUGGGGACUUCCUGAGUGAAAAGGUGGACACAUCUUGUGUGACUUGAUUUAUCUGAGUAAGUAAAGCUCAGUCUGCAACUCGUGGGGGUGCAGCCUGGUGGAGAGAUAGGGCAGGGGGAGGGGAGGACGCUCCAGCCUGAAUCUCUGUCCUCUGUGAGGGACUCUUUUCAACAUGAGGUAACCCGCAAAAUAACUAACAUCAAUACACAGGAAGGAAUCAUGUUGACCAUGUGCAGCAGCCCUCUCUAACCUGGACAGUGGUGUUGGGGAAGAAAUCUUUGCGCUGAUGGCCUGAGUGUCUUUCAGAGCAUCCUGUUCUCUGCCUUUCUAUCCAUUCAUGGUGGAUUUGCUGUGUGGGGCAGCCCUUUCAUUAUAUAGCUAUUACAUAACAGACAUCCCUCCACUCUUUGUCUCUCAGAAUGUACAACCACACCCCCUCGACUUACAGUUUAACCGCACCAUGGGUGGACAAUAACUCAGCCAACAGCUCUAACUGCAGCAAGAACGAUGGGUUCAAGUACCCUUUGUACAGCACCGUCUUCAGCAUUGUGUUUGUGGUGGGGCUGAUCACCAACGUCGUGGCCAUUUACAUCUUCGCCUGCACUCUGAAGCUGAGGAACGAGACCACGACCUACAUGAUGAACCUGGUGUUGUCUGACCUGCUGUUUGUCUUCACGCUGCCUCUGAGGGUCUUCUACUUCAUCAACCAGAGCUGGCCCUUUGGCAGCACGCUGUGCAAGGUCUCCGUCUCUUUGUUCUACACCAACAUGUACGGCAGCAUGCUCUUCCUCACCUGCAUCAGCGUGGACCGCUUCCUGGCCAUCGUGCACCCUUUUCGCUCGAGGACGCUCAGGACUAAACGCAAUGCUAGGAUAGUGUGCACUGCUGUGUGGGUGCUGGUUCUGUCAGGGAGCCUCCCCACGGGGUUCAUGUUGGAGACCACCUCACAAGAGAACAACAAGACGAACGCUACCUUCUGCUUCGAGAACUUCUCCUCCAAGCAGUGGAAGGCUCACCUGUCCAAGGUGGUGAUCUUCAUAGAAACGGUGGGCUUCCUCAUCCCGCUGCUACUGAACGUAUGUUGCUCCAUAAUGGUGUUGCAGACGCUGCGUCGCCCCCAGACCAUCAGCCGUGGGGGGAAGCUGAACAAAACAAAGAUCCUGCGCAUGAUAAUUGUACAUCUCUUUAUUUUUUGUUUCUGCUUCAUCCCCUACAAUGUAAACUUGGUGUUCUAUGCUCUGGUCCGCACCAAAACUCUAAAAGGCUGCUAUGUGGAGUCUGUGGUCCGAACCAUCUACCCAGUAGCCCUCUGCAUCGCUGUAUCCAACUGCUGCUUUGAUCCCAUUGUUUACUAUUUCACCUCAGAGACCAUCCAGAACUCCAUCAAGAGGAAGUCGACGGCGGGCCGCACGUACGAUGUCAAGUUCUCCGAGGCCCUGCAGUCAGAAACCAGCUCCAACCUGCAGUGCAGCCUGAGGAACCUGAAAGCUAAAGUCUUCCAAAAUGAGUCUUCAGUGUGACAGUGGGGUUGUAUUAAAUUCCAUAGUCAGAAAAACCUCCAUGAGAUCACAGGAAUGGAUUUUAUUUUGGAGUGCUUUGUGAGGCACCUGCCAAAGAAAUAUUAUCUGAUCUUAGUCUUCAUCUCAGGGCAAAUGUUUGGACCUCUGCUCUGCAGUAUUACUGCUACAUGACCCCGCAUUCGCAUGUGUGGAUUUAUUACUUUAUUUAUUACUACUUAUUCAUUUCCCUCUCCUGUGGAAAUCGUGUUAAGCACAAUUACUCUGCCAGUGACCUGGAAGGGAAUGUGAUCACUGAACAGCAGGACAGUUAUGAUAUUGAAUGCCAAAUGUGCCGGUGUAUCUGAACAUUUCUGUGGUAAGUUGUGGUGCUAACUUUAGAAUAGUAUCUAUUAAAUUAACAUAAAGUUAUAUCAAGCUAUAAAUUGUACAGGGCUUUGUUUUUGUGUUGUUUUGUUAUUUUUGUUUUUUAUGGUGAAUUACAAAUAGGUUACAGAAGUGCCUUUUUUUUUUUUGUUCUGGCGGCAUUUCAUUGUAGACUGUAUUAAAUAGUGUUAAUUGCCAUUAAAUGCACUGACAUGGAAUUCCAGAUACUGCACUCAUGCCACAGUGAUGAAUAAAAGUCAUGUACUGUCUAAAACAA